AAUCCUCAAUUCUUGUUUCUGUUCGCGCUUUCAACACUCUCACUCCGGAUUUAAGAACGAAUUGCAUUGCAUAUGGAUCGUACGGUGGCGCACAAUGCUGAGGCACAAGCCGAAGAGGGCGAACGGUUGAAGAACCUGGGAAAUGAUCUUUUCAGACAGGGAAAGUACGCGGAGGCUGCCAAGAUGUACAACGAAGCCAUAGAAGUGAACGGAACUCAAACUCUCUACAUGUCUAACCUUGCUGCGACCUACCUCAAGCUCGAAGACUUUGAUAUGGCUGAACGUGCUGCGUCGACCGCUCUCCUUUCCGACCCGAAAAUGGUCAAGGCUCGCUUUCGUCGUGCCAUGGCACGCAAAGGCGCGAGCAAACUUUUGGCGGCGAAGAUUGACUUAGACACCGUGCUCGAACUCCAACCCUCGUGUUUUGAAGCUGCCUUGGAGAUCGACAUCUUGAUCGACAUGCGAGACUCGGGUGUCCCCGACUUGACUAAUAUCUGGGAAGAUGCCGAGGUCCCCUUGCCUAGUGAUGAGCCCUGUCCUAUCAUUUCGCCAGAUCUCGCCAAGGAGCUUCGUGCGUUGAAAGCAGAACGAGAUGACGAGGAGGCAGAAAGGCUUGCGCAUGUCGGGAACGGGAUUCCAUGCAAGCACCAUAAUCUCAAGCUUCUCGGUUGUGCAAAGGGUGCCGGAUGCCCUUACUCUCAUGCGCCAGAUGAAAGGAGCAUCGCCGAUUCUGAGGGCCGCAACGUCUGUCUGUAUUUUCUCAUGGGAUCCUGCAAAUUCGGGGAGGGAUGUCUCUAUCUUCACUCAAAGGCGAACUUGCCUCAUUUAAAGGAUCAGGAGGACUUCCCACCAGGCCUUGUCCGCCGGCUGAUCUCUGCCAAUGAACAGGUCAUCGCUGAGCAACGGCUGUUCUCCAACUUCAUGGGAGUGGGACCAACUGCUCUGGGUCAGGAGAAGAGCCGCACUGGAAAAGUCGAGCAGCUCUCUCGAUCCUCGAAGCCAUUUGUCAUGCACCUCACCCUCAACAAAUCCACGCAACUGCCCAUCAAAACCAUGGAGGCUUUGAGGAAGAAAGUCGAGGUCGCACGAGCCAGCACCAAAGCUAAGGCCAGAGACUUCCUCGUUCUGCCCAGCAUCAAAGGUGUCUUCAUUACGGAUGCCCCAAUCGUCACUCCGAACAACAGUGGCUUGCUGGUGCGACUGGUGUCGUAUGUGGAGAACGGGGGAACGGUCGUCAUUGGCGGUUCAUUCAAGAUGUUUUCCAAGAACUCGAUGGAGGAUAUUCGUCGUCCGUCGCUGAACAAGUUCUUCGACGAAGCCUGGGGACUGCCAUGGAAGCUCUCCGCUAUGGCUGGUACCGAGAACCAGAAAUUAGUUCUGAAUGGAAACCACGAGUUGGCAUCUGGUUUGCCAAAAAGCCUCUCGUUGACCGGCGGCAUGUGGUUGACAGGCGUCGCGGCCCAUGAAGCGCUUUACGUCGAACAAAGCUCCGGUCAACGAGCGGCUGCGGCCAUAGCUCAAGUCGGCAGCGGGCGCUUCGGAUUUAUCUGUGAAGGAGCAGAGAAUGGGCUUGGAGCUGGCGCGAUUGUCAUUGCCAUGCUGGGGCUCUAG